AUGAAAAUUGUGAAGGAAUGGUUGAAGGGGUGGAAGACUGUGCUUAGCAUGGUUUUAGUGCAAGUUUUUGCAACGGGGAUGCAGAUUCUGUCCAGGGUCAUACUUGUUGAGGGCACUUUCAUUUUUGCACUUAUUGCCUAUCGUCACGUUGUUGCUGCUGUUUGUGUUGCUCCUUUUGCUUUCUACUUUGAAAGAGGCCGCCAGAAGAAGUUAAGAUGGUCGAUUUGGUGCUGGCUCUUCCUCAACGCCUUUGUGGGGUACGCAUUGCUAAUUUCUUCUUUCAUUCCGAUAAGAAGGAUAACACUGGCCAUGGGACUGUUCUAUUAUGGUCUGCGAGACACAUCAGCUACUUACUCUGUCAAUUUUCUCAGCUUGGUUCCCAUCUCCACGUUCAUUUUCUCUGUUAUAUUCAGAAUGGAGAGAGUCGGGUUUGAAAGAUGGACGUGUAAAGUGAAGACAGUAGGGGCAAUGUUGUGUGUUGGGGGAGCAUUAACAACUAGUCUAUACAAAGGGAAGGAGUUCUAUGUUGGUCUAAGUAGGCAUCACAUUCACAGUGCAACACUUGUGUCAUCCAAAACCAACAUGCUUCGUGGCACUAUCUUUUUGGUUGCUAGCUGCUUCUCAUACACAGCUUGGUUCAUAGUGCAAGUUAAGCUGCAUGAAAUAUUUCCAUUCAAAUACUGGGGAACAAUGCUUACGUGCGUUAUAGCAUCAAUUCAAGCAGCCAUAGUAGGAAUAUUCUUAGAUUGUAGAAAUGUUACGUGGAGUUUAAGCAUGGUUGGCAUGAUUUUGAUCCUGAUGGGAUUGUACUCAUUUUUGUGGGGCAAAGGAAAAGAGACAGAAAGUAUGGUUGAAGCUUCUGGAGAGGUUUCAACAGGCAUGGCAGCAGAUUCUAUAGGAGUUCAUUCCACGGCCAUAGUAGUACCAAGUAUUUUACCCAGUAAUGCACUUCUUGGAGUUGACAAGACUGAUAGAAAUUCAACAAUAUAA